AUGGCGCACGGACAUCGGUGGGUGCUGGUCGUGGCGGCCCUCGUCGGCGCGCUGUGCAUACCGGCGCUGGCCGCGCCGGCCGCAAUCACGCAGCCGCCUGCGAUGGCACCGUGGCUUAUGCGCCACCCGCGGCCCGUGGUCGUGUGGCACGGCCUCGGCGAUGCGGCGCACUCCGACUGGAUGGAGCGCACCAAGCAGGAGCUCGAGGCCAUGCACCCCGGCAUCUUUGUGUAUGUGGUUGCACUGCAGCCAAGCGUAUGGAGUGAUCGGCGUGCGAGUUUCUGGGGCCAUGUCCCGACGCAGGUCGAGCAGGUCCAUGCACAGCUGCAGGGCGUGCCAGAGCUCCAGCACGGCUUCGAUGCCGUCGGCUUCUCCCAGGGCGGCCAGUUCCUGCGCGCGUACGUGGAGCGAUUCAACGAUCCGCCUGUGCGGCGCCUCCUCACGUUUGGCUCGCAGCACAUGGGCAUCACCGACCUCCCGGCGUGUGGGCCGCACGAUCCUGUGUGUCACACCGUGCACAGUGCCCUCGCGACGCACGUAUACUCGGACUAUGCGCAGCGACACAUUGUCACGGCCCAGUACUUUCGGGACACGCGCACACCGGAGCAGUUUGCGCAGUACCAUGCCAAGAACUCGUUCCUCCAUGACAUCAACAACGAGGGACCGCACAAGAAUGCCACGUACAAGGCACACAUGCUCCAGCUCGAGUCGUUCGUCAUGAUCCAGUUUACGGACGAAGCCACCGUGAUCCCUUCGAACUCGUCGUGGUUCGAAGCGUUCCCUGAUCCAGAGCCGGACGCGCCGCCAGCGCUAACCACCGUGCCGCUCCGAGAGAGCCAGCUGUACCGCGACGACUGGAUCGGACUACGCGAGCUCGACCGACGUGGCGCCCUCGUCUUUGGUACCUGCGCAGGUGCACACAUGCACCUGUCGGACGAGUGCCGCACGGCGACAUGGGGCCGCUUCCUGGGCCCACCGCCCCUGCGCGACGAGCUCCGCCGGGCCCUGCCGCGCUUCCCCCUCGUGUAUGUCCUUGUGGUGUGCAUGGUGGUCUAUGUACGGCUGCGAUUUACGAGGCGGGUGCAGCUGCCUUAG